GGCGGGCGCAGGCCCCCACCCCGGGAGCACCAUGUUCCCUCGCCCGCUGACCCCGCUGGCGGCCCCAAAUGGCGCCGAGCCCCUGGGCCGGGCGCUGAGGCGGUCCCCGCUGGGCAGGCCCCGGACCGGGCUCGGGGGGCAGCCCCUGCUGCUGCCGUCCAUGCUGAUGUUUGCGGUGAUCGUGGCCUCCAGCGGGUUGCUGCUAAUGAUCGAGCGGGGCAUCCUGGCCGAGAUGAAGCCCCUUCCCCUACACCCUCUCAGCCGUGAGGGCGCAGCCUGGCGCGGGACAGUCCCCAAGCCUGGGAGGCUGUCCCUGAAUGCUGGGGACUCAGACUUGCAAGUGCGGCAGGACGUCCGGAACCGGACUUUGCGGGCGGUGUGCGGACAGCCCGGCAUGCCCCGGGACCCCUGGGAUUUGCCGGUGGGGCAGCGGCGCACCCUGCUGCGCCACAUCCUCGUAAGUGACCGCUACCGCUUCCUCUACUGCUACGUCCCCAAAGUGGCCUGCUCUAACUGGAAGCGGGUGCUGAAGGUGCUGGCGGGUGUCCUGGACAGCGUGGACGUCCGCCUCAAGAUGGACCACCGCAGUGACCUGGUGUUCCUGGCGGACCUGCGGCCUGAGGAGAUUCGCUACCGCCUGCAGCACUACUUCAAGUUCCUGUUUGUGCGGGACCCCUUGGAACGCCUCCUCUCUGCUUACCGCAACAAGUUUGGCGAGAUCCGAGAGUACCAGCAGCGCUAUGGGGCUGAGAUCGUGAGGCGGUACAGGGCUGGAGCUGGACCCAGCCCUGCAGGGGACGAUGUCACCUUCCCAGAGUUCCUGAGAUACCUGGUGGAUGAGGACCCUGAGCGCAUGAAUGAGCAUUGGAUGCCCGUGUACCACCUGUGCCAGCCUUGUGCGGUGCGCUAUGACUUUGUGGGCUCCUAUGAGAGGCUGGAGGCUGAUGCCAACCAGGUGCUGGAGUGGGUGCAAGCACCACCCCAUGUCCGAUUCCCCGCUCGCCAGGCCUGGUACCGGCCAGCCAGCCCCGAAAGCCUGCACUACCACCUGUGCAGUGCCCCGCGGGCCCUGCUGCAGGACGUCCUGCCUAAGUAUAUCUUGGAUUUCUCCCUCUUUGCCUACCCACUGCCUAAUGUCACCAGGGAGGCCUGUCACCAGUGACCUCGGGUGUAGGGCCAGCAGCUGUUGCGGCCUGGUUUUAACAACACCAGCUUCUCGUGCUUCUUCCUGCCAUUCAGAGAAACCCUGGCUCUGGGGCUUGGGGCUUCUCCAGAUGCCUGGAUGGCAGGGUCUACCCUCAGAAGUUCCUUGACCAGGGUGGGUGCCCACAGUGGCUGAGAGCACAGGGCUAGACAGGAGGCCUGCUGCUCCCCACUGGGGAGAUCUCUUGGGGGCCUGUGUGAUCCUUCUUGUCCUGGCGGGGCCAGACGCCAGUUUGCCAGGGAAGCAGCACAUCUGAUCUAAAGACUGGCUCCCAGCCCCCAGCUGCUGGGAUUGUGCAGUCUGCUUGGUCCACCUUAAUUUAACCUGUGGCCAAACCCAGAGGUGGCAGCAGCCAAGAGCAAGCAUGACCAGAGCCAGGAACCCUGUGGCUCUGAUCUCCCAUUUAUCCACCGCAUAUGCCUCAGGACUGGAGUGAGCAGUUGUGCCUUAUAAAUGACUUUUGUGCUUUCUGCUCCAGACUCAGAAUUUCCUACACUGCUAGGUUCUUUCCGUUUUUCCAAGGAAAGGAAAACUGAAGCAGGGUCCUUGCCUGGUAGCUCUAGGACCCAGCCCUGCAGGCAUCCAAAGACCCCUGUGCCCAGUCUCUUCCUAGGGCUCUGGGAACCUCCUCUCUAAUCCUCCCUUCCUACCCCAGAGGCCUUUGAAAUUGUGACUGUGGCUGGUAUGUCUGGCUGCCACUUUUCUGAUGCAUUUAUUUAAAAUUUAUACUUUUUGAUAGAACUCUUGUAAAGGCUUUGUUUUCCUAACAGCU